AUGAGAAGUUGCACAAGUCUCUUGCCAUUAUUGGCACUCAGCGGCGUAUUCGCUAGCAGAGUGUACCGUGACCUCAAUAAUGCCGAUUGCUCCAUCUAUAUCGACGCUGCUCAGCGUGGACGACAACGGACAGAUGCGCUCAGCUCUCCAGACUCGAUUCAACACAAAGAACGCCUCCGCCAGAAGUUCCCGCAGACCAACAGCCAUGCCCUUGGAGAGUAUGAGAAAGAUGGCAAAUUUGUCAAGUUUUCAAACAUCCCAUAUGCGGCCCCUCCUAUUGGUGACAAUCGGUUUGCGCGUCCUGGAACCCCUGAGUACAAUAAGACCAAGAACGACGGCUCCAGGAGUGCGAUAUGCCCCCAGUAUCAGGUUGGAUGGUAUCCUGCCGCUGAGGAGUUUAUCGAAGAUAUGUUGCUGAUUCCGGCCUUGCCCUCAAAGUGGACCAAGAAGAUCAACGUCGACGACUAUGAGAAGCUCAACCCGAAACAAGAACUCGAUCCGCGGUCGAGCGAGGACUGUCUACUGCUUGACAUAUCUGUUCCCAAGCAUGUGUGGGAUUGUCGGGGAAAGAAAGGGCGGUUUUCGGCUGCAGUUCUCGUCUGGAUACAUGGCGGCGGCUACAUCUCCGGCUCAAAGGACGACAUCGGUAACCCGGAGAGUUUGCUGAAGACUGCAGAUAAUGAGGAAAAUACUGGGGUUAUCCACGUUGCAUUCAAUUACCGACUGGGAGCGUUCGGCUUCCUUGGUGGUGGGGAUCUGAUGGAUGAAUAUGGGACGCCCAAUGCAGGUCUGUGGGACCAAAAGCAUGCAAUUGAUUGGGUUUUGGAUUACAUCUGGGACUUUGGCGGAACUGCCGAGAGAAUGACAGUGAUGGGCCAGGGCGCAGGUGCGUCGUCUAUCCUGCACCACAUUACAGCAGGGGGCGGGAAAAGUAAAGAUUUGAAGCCCAAGUUCAACAAGGCAAUCCUACACAGUCCGGCUUUCUUCCCACAGCCCAACGUCACUGUGGACGAUAUCAACUACAAGACGUUCCUGAAGCUGAGCAACGCCAGUACACUUGACGAGCUGGUCCAAAAAGACACCAAGAGACCUAUGUGGGCCAAUGCCAACAUGACAUACAGCAGCAGUUACGGGGGCUUUCGGUUCGGCCCUACGAUUGACAAUUUCUUCGUACCAGACUUGCCUGGGAAGCUACUCAAGAAGGGCUCUUUCUGGAAGGGUAUCAGCCUCCUGCUUGGGCAUCAAGAAUUUGAUGGAUUGCUCUUCACUCCUCCGUGGAUACGGGACAACGCUCAACUUCGCGAGCAUGUCAAGUCCCUCUUCCCGUCGGCGAACGAAGCUGUUCUGGCUGAGGUCGAUAAAAAGUACAAAAUCUCCGGCGAUAUGGAGCCGAAGUCUCAGAUCUUUACGGCUUCUGACUUCUUUAACGACCUCGCGAUUCGGUGUAACACGUAUUGGCUCGGUGAUGCUAUGAGCGCAGGGGUAUCGCCUGACCUUCUUUUCGUGUAUCGAUACGUCUUCAACGUUGUGCCUGCAGUUCAUGGUCAUGACGUUCCAUACACUUUUGUCAACCCCAAUCCAUUGGAGACUGAGAUAUGGCCGAGAUAUACUGCCGAUAAGCGCAAGGUGAUGAACAUUGGUCGACCUGGCCAAUUUGCAGUACCCGACAACACGUAUCGCCCUGGAGAUGAUGUUAUGGACAGACAGCGCUGCGAUUAUUGGGCGAAUGCACCAUACUACACCCCGUCCGACAAGGCCAAGUUUGUUGUGCAGAAUAACUUGGGCUAA